GAACACUUUCCUUUUUUUUUCCUCUCUGAAAAAGCUCCACUUAUGGGAGGUCAUGGAGUUGAGUGAGGGACAAGAGAGAGAUGACCAGGAAGCCUUGAAGAGUAAAAGCCCUGCAUCCUUCAUGUCCGAUCUGAAGAAAUUAAGCCCGAGAGUGAGCACCAGCAGCAGCGCUCGCUUCGGCGCUCUCAGCCAUCACUCGUUUUUCUCCAGACACAACCCUCACCCUAACAGAGUCAGACACAUCUCUGGUCUGAAUGGAAGUCCGGUGUGUAUUGUGAAUGAUGAUUGGUACAGUAACACUCCCCUCUUCCCACAUCCACUGAUCAGGGGUCCAGUGUCCUCCGGAGCGAAACACACACCCACCUCGCUACCAUAUAACAUCACCUACACCCGAGCUGACGGGGCCAAGCAGGGAGAAGCUCUGAUUUCUGAAGCAUGGCGAGAGGAACUGAAGGACCUGGCAACCAAAGUCAAUCUUUCAGCUGCAGCUCCCAGCAAACACAAGAUCAUCAAAGAGGAGGAGCCGAUACGCAGGAAGACCCAGUACUCAUCUGAAACGGGUCGAAUCAUUCCUCCAACAUCCUGGAGAACCAAAUGCCGUGACUUCCACACUGCAAACGCACGUCCAGGAACUUACAGACCUCAGGCUUCACAUAUACAACCAGGAACCAUCAGCCUGGAGGGGCAGGAACUCAGGGUGUUGGAGCUGUUGUGUCAGAUCCUGCAGACGGACUCACUGUCUCUGGUCCAGCAGUGGCUUCUUCUGGCUGGAGACCAAGAAAAAGAGCUGGUUCUCGGGAUGCUCCAACAGGCCACGUGUGAUUCUUCAGCUCGCCAUCAGCAGCCACAGUUUCCCAUCACGGCUCAAAGCGAACCUCAGCUUCAGACACGCCGAAAACGCCGGAUGAUGAGUGUGUGUUCAACUGGAGCGACGGAGAAAGAGAAAGCAGUUAAAGAGAAACCAGAGCUGAUUGGAGAUGCCGAAGUCUUGCGAGUUCAAACGGACGAGAGUGAAAACUUUGAUUCUGCAAGCUAACACACACACACACACACACACACACACACAAUUAUAAAAACACAAUUCAGUAAUUAUAAUUAGUUUUGGAAGUAGCUACACGAGGCAAUAAUCAGUUACUGGACACACCAUAAUACACUUCACCUCUAAAACUAUCAUCACUUCCCUUUGUUCAGGAGGACAGUGGGGUGUC